AUGAACAAUAGAGCGAGAUAUCCACUUGGGAAUGGGUUAGGUCGAGGGGGUGGUGGUGGAGGGUUUCAACAGAGACCACAUCAACAACAGUAUGUGCAGAGGCACAUGAUGCAAAAUCAGCAUCCGCAACAACAAUACCAGCAGCAUCAACAGAAUCAACAAUAUCAGCAGCAGCAGCAACAACAACAACAGUGGCUGAGAAGGAACCAGUUGAGUGGUUCUGACACCAGUGUUGUGGAGGAGGUCGAGAAGACUGUGCAGUCUGAAACAAACGACUCUAGUUCACAAGAUUGGAAGGCAAGACUAAAGAUUCCACCAGCUGAUACACGCUAUAGGACAGAGGACGUGACAGCAACUAAAGGAAAUGAGUUUGAGGAUUACUUUUUGAAGCGUGAGCUGCUAAUGGGAAUAUAUGAGAAGGGGUUUGAAAGGCCAUCCCCUAUCCAAGAAGAAAGCAUUCCAAUUGCCCUUACUGGUAGUGACAUUCUUGCUAGGGCUAAAAAUGGAACAGGCAAAACAGCUGCAUUUUGCGUUCCUGCAUUGGAAAAAAUUGAUCAAGAUAACAAUGUUAUUCAAGUUGUUAUACUGGUUCCAACACGAGAAUUGGCUUUGCAAACAUCUCAAGUAUGUAAAGAGCUUGGAAAGCAUUUGCAAAUUCAAGUUAUGGUCACAACAGGCGGUACAAGCCUGAAAGACGACAUUAUGCGUUUAUAUCAACCUGUCCAUCUGCUAGUUGGUACUCCGGGAAGAAUUUUGGAUCUUGCAAAGAAGGGUGUAUGCGUUCUGAAAGAUUGUUCUAUGCUUGUCAUGGAUGAGGCUGAUAAACUUCUCUCCCCAGAGUUCCAGCCUUCAAUAGAGCAGCUGAUUCAAUUUCUUCCUUCAAACCGUCAAAUCCUUAUGUUUUCAGCUACAUUUCCCGUUACUGUAAAGGAUUUCAAAGAUAGAUAUCUUCGUAAACCAUAUAUCAUUAAUCUUAUGGACGAGCUAACUCUGAAGGGUAUUACCCAAUUUUAUGCAUUUGUGGAGGAGAGGCAGAAAGUCCACUGCCUAAAUACUCUUUUCUCUAAGCUGCAAAUAAACCAGUCAAUCAUUUUCUGCAAUUCGGUCAAUCGGGUUGAACUCCUUGCCAAGAAAAUCACAGAAUUAGGGUAUUCAUGUUUCUAUAUUCAUGCUAAGAUGUUGCAAGACCACCGUAAUAGAGUUUUUCACGACUUCCGCAAUGGUGCCUGCAGAAAUCUUGUUUGUACUGAUCUUUUCACUAGGGGAAUAGAUAUCCAAGCAGUGAAUGUUGUUAUUAAUUUUGAUUUUCCCAAGAACUCGGAGACAUAUUUGCACAGGGUUGGUCGAUCAGGGAGGUUUGGACACCUUGGUUUAGCAGUGAACUUAAUAACCUAUGAGGAUCGUUUCAAUUUGUAUAGGAUUGAACAAGAACUUGGCACUGAAAUAAAACAAAUUCCUCCAUUCAUUGAUCAGGCCAUAUAUUGUCGGUGA